AUGGUGCCAAUUGCAGAAAGCGCUGUUGGCAAACAGGUGCCAGUCGCUCAAGUCGCCAAGUCUGGCACCGGCCGAUGCGCACCUUUUCAUUGUUGUGUUUAUUGCAAGUUACGUAUGGGUAUGGGAGACCCAUAUGUGCCUGCCGACCAUCUCUCACCUUCAUCAAUCAUCGAGAAAUAUAUACUCGACGGUGGUGAUGGAGUGAUUAAGUUUGCGAAUGGCAACAAUGUGAGUCUCUCUCUCGCACUCGAAUCCCAAACACGGGAUCGUGACAGUGCUCGUAUUCACACCACAACCAUCAGCGAUUACAAAGGAGACGCUGUACAGGUUCGUGCUCUGCGAGGACGAUUCCUGGCCGUCCAAGGUGAUUUGAUAGCAUUUCGCUUUUUCAACGAGAAUACUGGCGAUGUGAUCCGCAUAAUUAAUAGAGUGUCACGCAACCGUCGCCUUAUCAAAAAAAAUACGGUUUAUGUCGUGAAUCUCAGCAUACUGAAAGAACGCGGAUCGAGAAUGACUUAUGAGGAAGCGCUGGCGGUGGAAGAAGCCAUCUUGUCAGUGGAGGUUGAGGAGGAAGUUACUGCGGUUUGCAUUUCUCCUGAUUCGACAGCGGUUGCCAUCGCUCGUGCUGACGGUGUUGUGUCCUUUUACGUGAUGAACUCGAAUGAAAGUGAACUGAAAUUUGCUCAUACCUGGAAUCCUCAGAUGAACCGGCCUAUAGUGGAACUCUUCUUUCUUGACGGAGCUCGUCAAAAGAAUCAGGAGCAGUUUUGGCGUCACUGUCUUGUGGUUGCUGAAGGAGGUCGUCGAUUAGCUCUUUUUGAGUGUGAAGACUGGCUCUGCCUUGGACGCGUACGCUUCGAGUCUUCUGUGGAGAUCGCGACUUUCAGCGUACAUGUUGACCCACAAGCACGAUAUGCUCAUAUUUUGGACAUAGAUGGAUCGAAUGUUUUCUGCAUCGAACUGGAAUACGCUGACCAUCCACGAUUCGCCGGCAUCACGCAAGUAACAUUUUCUCACCCGAUUGUGGCUAUCGUCCCAUAUGAGGUUGACACUGAAGAGAAACACGACUCGAGCGUAGACUAUUCUUUGGACGAUGAGUUCGACAGUGAGCGUAAUCGUAUGAGCUGGCCGAGCAGCAUAAACCCGCUCUCAGAAACAAUGCCCACCAUCAAAACUGAAGGAGAUACUGGAGCAGAAGAACGCGGCAACGAAGGGCCAAGUGAUUUGCUUACCGUCGCGCCUCCCGCUGCAGCAAAUUCUACUCCUCCUGUAGAUUACGAGAAGUUGAUGGAGCAGUUGAAGGAAAUGAACGAUAAGAUUGACAGCUUUCUGUACGCGUUGAAAGGGCUGACAGUGAAGCGACGCUCUGCCGCCACGAAUGAACACAUCCUGUCGCAACUUCAGUGCUUCAAAGAAGAGUUUUCGCUGCGUGAAGAUCGUUUGCUGGCAAAUGUGUCGGAUUUGAUUGAAACGAAUCAUCGCGAGACUAUUAAUGUUGUCCGAAACGCGCUCAAUGAGAAUUCAGUGGCCGUAGAAAAUUCUAUUCAAGCAAACCAUAAGCUGAGUGCGGAUGCUGUUUCUCAUAGAGUUACCGAAAGAUUACGAGAGCAAUUGACAACGAUGGUGGUACCAGCUAUAGAACGGAUUUGCGCGCAGCUAUUCAAGCAGCUAAAUGACAAUUUCCGUCAUGGUCUUGACCAGUACCUGCAGCAAAUGCGAGCACUGCAAACAGCUACAUUGGCAGCCGUUGCCGCAACCGCUACACCAGCUCCUUCGCUUUCCGUCGGUGCCGACCGACAGGCUCUUGCUCACAUGAUUAAAAAUAACCAAAUACCCCUUGCGUUCGAAACGGCGUUAAACCAGGGUGAUCAAACUGCUUUGGAGUUUGUUUGUAACAAUGUCGAUCCUGAUGAGAUUUUCCGUUAUCCGGGUACUCUAUCACAACCUGUGCUGCUAUCUCUCCUGCAACAGCUUUCGUUACGCCUCGACUCGGACACUGAUCUGAAAUUUCGGUACAUGGAGCACAUUGUCGAUGUCCUCCAACCCCACGACGACGACAUUAGCGUAAUGGUGCCCAAAGUUAUUGAUGGUCUCAUGCAGAGUUUGACUGAAUUCUACAACCUUACGGCCAAUCCCCAACAAAAACGACAAGCUCGAGUUCUAAAUCAGUUGGUAAGGAACUUGAGGAAAAUAUAG